AUUGCUAACAUAGUAUUUUGAUGUGUUAUUUCACCAUCGUAGAUGGUAUUUGGUUUAAUUUAUAAGCUGGUCAAACUAACUUCUGACUAUUUUGUUUAAAAGAUGUUUAGAGCUUAUAAGUUUCUAUAAGCAAAAAGAAAAAAACCUGGGAGAGAGGAACUUUUCAUUUUGGUGUUUAUAAAUAUUAUGCUCAUAAGUUAGGUUAACCUAGUGAUUUACUUUGUUAUCCUCAUUAAGUUUUAAAAUUUCAUCAUAUAUUCUCAUUUAUUUUAAAAUAAAUUAGUAUCUUUUAUAGUCAUUUUAAUGAUACUUGUGUUUAUAAGCCGCCUUUUACCAAACACAUAACCGUCACUUGUAAACAUUUUAAUUAAAUACGUAACUAUUUAAAAUUUUAAAUGCUUAUAAACUCAAAUUAGCUUAUAAAAUAUGUUGUGUCUAAGGGAUGGGAUGAGCGAGAUGAGUUGUGGGUUAGGGCUGACUCUGCAAUGGGCAGGGCAGUAUUAUGUUUUUUUGUUACAAGUAGUAGGUGUUAGCGUAAAUAGGGGAAAAACACUUGUAAUUGGGGCAUUCCAGAAUCAACAGCAAUGCAGAAUUCUCUCUCUCUCUCUCUCUCUCUCUCUCUCUCUCUCUCUCUAUUUCCUACCCAACUUCUACUCUUAUCUGUAAUCGGGAACAUGGCUACAUAACAAAAUACUAUGUACUUAUAAGCUGAUUUUCAUAAGUUGAGCCAGACACACCCUGUUAGUCUCCUUGCCACGGGAAAUCUUCAUACAUGGAAUCCAUUUCACGAGAUGAGAAAGUUCCAAAUAGUACUGUCUCCAUCUCAAUUCUACAAUGAAGCAAUCUUCCUUUGGCCAUAUUCUUGUGAAAAGCCUUUGAUCUCUUUAUUGAAGAAAAUAACUGAUAUUCUUAUAUUAUCAGAAUCUACAACCUAAUCAUGUCCUGCAAUGAGAUCCCCUGAAAAUAUAAUUGAAUACAUUCGGAGAGGAUUGAGAAUUUUCCUCCUAAGACUAUAAUAUGUUUGGAACACCCUAUCCUAGAAUUCGAUAGAAGAUUGUUCUUAUUGUCAUCUUAUGAGUAAUUAGUGGAUAAUUGUUGUAGGGUUAGGCUGUAGUCUUGUGCAGACCCAUACACAAUCUUAUCUAACGAAACAAAUAGCUAUCUCUUCAAAUUCUAAGAUGCCAUAGCUUAGGUGAGUCACAUGUGAAGUGAUGUUUCAACUAUUAUUCAUCCAACAGCAGUUUUACUAAAACAGUUAUAUCUUUCCUUACCAGACAGCAUGCUCAAACCUCUCGGUAAAUUUUAGUUUUUCUUAAAAGAUGAACUGUGAAAUCUGAAUGUGAAGAAAUGGGAUUCAGUGCAUAUCAUGUUUUCUGGUUAAUACCUUAUUUACUUUCGUUGAAUAUUUGUGCAAAGAAUUAGUCCAACCUUGUGAGUUCAUUACAUGUGACGUAUUUCUUGUCUUAUAAAAAAAAUGAAUAUAUUGAACCUUCAGCAUGCCAUUCAUCUACUGCUGUCAUCCAUAGAGUUGUUUUAAACCUUGGAGUAUUGUCCGCUUUGGGCCACAGCCUGCACAGUUUUGGCUCUUUAACAGGGCAUUUAAGAGGGUACUGUAGUCACUGGACUUCAUAAGCCAAGUCCAAAUGGUUCUGCUAACUAAUGUGACAUCUUGGCACCCUCUGUUAUUAAUUUUUGUUCUUCAAUGCUAAACAGGUCUUUGCCAAAUACCAAUAAUGAUUUAACCAAUGAGAACAUAUUAAAAAAAAUAUAAUGAAACACUGCAUUACAAUUCCAAAUCCUUAUCUUAAUCCUCGUAAACAAAAUGAAGUAGCUCUAGGAAAAUACUAGAGCGUACUUAGUUUUGUUGGAACAGAAAGUGUUUAUGGGAUCUGCUUAACAUUUUCUAAACACUUUUAUUUUCUUCUUAUGUUUCUUAUAUUACCACAAUGGUUUAAAAGAAGGUGUGCUUAGCAUAAAGAUGGAUGGAGCAAGGAGAGCAGGCUCAACUUUCUUAGUAUCUAAUCCUUGGCAUCAAUAUGUCAAAUUUCGUUCUUAUAGAUUUGCUGUGGCCAAUCAACGGGGGUUAACAAAGGAUCAGUUUUUCCCCAUUUCAAAUGCUAAUGCUCAUUUGAUCACCAAGAAUGGCUUUAGAGACAUAAUACUAUGGCCCUGUUUGGUGUUGAGUUUCAGAGUCAAGAAAGCGCUUCUUAGAAAAACACCAUUUUAGAUGUUGUUGACAAAACAAUUUGGAAAAAAGUUAUUUUGUUAUUUUAAUGUUCUUAGGAAUAAAACAUAUCAAAUUUAAUUUUUAAUACUCUCCAAUUAAUAUAUAAAGUGCUUUUCUACACAAUAGUUCUAAUGGUAAUGCCAAAUGGAUCUUAUAUCCUUUAGAGUUGAUGAGGGUGGUAACAUGUACGUACAAGUGAAGAAACUAUAAUGAAAGACAACUAGUUAUAGAAUUUACAUAAAAAAAAAUUCAAAUGUAAAUCACAAUUAGAAGAAAGAUAACCAAACUGGAAUGAAGGAGAUAGAGGAGGGUGAAAGAACUCUUCAUUAGCAAAAGGAUUCAGUUUCUUGUUGACAAUUCGAUAACUUGAGAGGAUUAUAGAAAGAAUUCCUAUGAGUAAUUUUAGAUAAAGGCUUCUUUUCUGGCAACUUUCUUUGAUAUAAUUAAUAUAAGUUCAACAUUUCAUUCUCUUUUGGCCAUACUGCCUGGGGAGAAAACAUGUAGACAGUUUUCUCUUGCACUAAAGAAAAUUACAUUCUUAGUUCUUGUUCCUUGAAUUUGUCUCUUAAGAGGAGUGUAUGGUUCCAAUUAAAUUUACUUACACAAGAGAUGGUGAAUACCUUCAUGGCCCCUGAAUUUUUGCCCAUUCAAUGUAAUUCAAAAGGAAAAAAAUCUCCACCACAAGUUAGAUAUUUCUUCAAUAAAGAUUUUAGCACCUGUUCCUCCUUAUGCUCCAUUGCUUUUGCAGGCUCUUCUUUCAUUCUUGAAGCUUCUCGAAGCUUUGGCAGAAAAAAGAAGGGGUCUGAAUCUAGGCCUAGGUCCCCUCAAAACAACAUAUCUGCUGUUAAAACAGUGUACCCUGCUGACUCUCUGUCCCCUCGCUCACCUCUUUCCAUUAAAAAAAAGGUGAAAUCAGAGAACAGUAAUUCUUCUUCUUCAUCCCGGCAAAAUUCUGAAGAAGCUUAUUCUCAUGAUCAUUCAUUUGACAAGGGACAAGUUCAAUCCACUGAAUUUCUGCAUACAUCUGGGAAUUUAACGCCUAAUGGUCCCAAAAAACUCACACUUGGUAGUUUUACCUGUUAUGCCAUUGUGCCACCAACCAAUCUGGAGGACAAUGAAAAGCAUCUUGCUUCACCUGAGGCAGCUUCAUCUCCUAUUACUGAGAAUGUGGAAGUCACUAAUGAUCCAACUGCCAAGUCUCUGAACUUCACUUUUUCGGGCAUUUCUCGUGCUUCAGAAGAGAGUGAUGAUGAAAUUCAGUCUGUUAUUUCUGAUUCCUGUGUGUCAGUAGGAAAAUAUCAUGUGAGAUCAACUGCUGCUUCUACCUUGCAGUUAAUCCUUGACAAGUAUGGGAAUAUAGCAGCAAACUGUCGGUUGGAAUCGACUUCCUUGCGUGCUUAUUAUCUAGAAUGCCUGUGCUCUGUGGUUCAGGAGUUGCAAUCCACAUCUGUAAACCAAUUAACAAAAUCCAAAGUGAAAGAAUUUUUGGCUGUUAUCAAGGAUGUAGAGUCUGCACAAAUUGAUGUUAGCUGGCUUCAGAGUAUACUUAAUGGAGUCACGGAAGCUAUGGAACUCAAUAAACAGCAACAAGCAGCCGAGGAAGCCAAAACCAACUGCAAUCAUAUUAUAGAAUCAACAAGGAAAGAGCUAGAAUCAAUGAUGGAGGAUUUAGCUAAAAAAGAAAAAGCAGUUGCAGACACCAAGGCACUAAUUGAUGAAACAAAGGCUCGCUUGAGCGAGCUUGAGUGUGAAUCUUCUCAACUGAGUGAUACUAUUUUAUCCAUCAGGUCGAAGGUUGAAAAGUUUCAUACCAAACCAUUACCUGAUGAGAUCUUGUAACUUAACUGCGAGGCAAAAACAUUAGUAAUUGACGUCUAGAUGUAUGUUGCUAUGUUCUUAUAUGCAUGCUUGCAUUUAAGUAAUUGUACGGUAAAAAGAUUAUGUGGGUGAUGGUGAUACUAGGCUUUGUAGUUAUGGUAUUUGUAGCAGUUAAAAUAAGUUGUGGUAUGGCCCAAAACAUAGAUAGUUGAUUUGAGGCUUUUUAUAGUCAUUAGUAGCAGACAUGGGAUUGUUAGCUUUUUCCUGCUUUUAUUCCUUUAUCCUAUGUAAUUUCCAUUAAGCUUCUAAAUGACAGAUGUGAUUAUAAUGUCUUGAGUUGUGUUA